AUGUUAAUUGGUCGACUGAAAGUGUUAACAAAGAGUCCAUCGUUUGACGAGUUGGAGGAAGAGAUGCCCGAACUGGAGUCGGGCGGCCGGUACCGGCCCCGGGAGUGUCGAGCCCGACACCGGAUGGCCAUUAUUAUACCCUAUCGCGACCGGGAGGAGCACUUGCGGACAUUCCUACUAAACAUACAUCCGAUGCUCGAACGACAGCAACUCGAUUAUGGUAUUUACAUUGUCGAAGAGGAUCUGAGUAGACGUGUGGUGAAGACCGAGUGGGCGGCCAUUGAGAUACCGGAGCUCGAGUUCGAGAUCACCAAACAGACCGGACUCAUCACUACCGUCGAGGGUAUCCUCGAGCGGGCCAUCGAUGGUCUGAAGCAUACCAUUAAAUCGUUCACCGAUGAGGACCUGUUGCUCAGCGAAAACGUGUCUUCGCGGCAAAAACUGUGCGAUUUUGUACUCAAAUUGUCUCUUUUGAAAGAAGGCAACGAGUCGUUCACUUUUGUACUGAAAAUCACUAAUUAUCUGAUCCCUGGCGUACAGAUCCUGUCCGACAUCAGCGGCAAUAGUUAUGUGGAGAGUCUGUGCGCACCGCCGGCUGUGGACCCGCAGGUGGACAGCACUCGUUUCAUACGGACCAUCGAUGAGGACAAACUGCUGGGCAUUUACGAGUUCGGUGUGGACAACGACAGGACGGCCACCGAAGAGACACAAGCCGUGGCCAAUAAACUCCAGGACGAAGUGCUGCGCUUUCCCACCAAUUGUCCCAACUGUUCGGCGCCCGCCUUUACCAACAUGAAAGUGCAGCAGAUACCGCACUUCAAGGAAGUGGUGAUAAUGGCCACCAAUUGUGACGCGUGCGGACACAAGACCAACGAAGUGAAGUCCGGUUCCGGCAUUGAGGACAAGGGGAUCCGCAUUACGCUUAAAGUUGCCGAUGAAAGCGAUUUGGAAAGAGAUGUGUCGGACACCUGUAGUCUAGCCAUACCGGAGCUGGACAUACAUAUGUCGGGCACGGGUUCGGGCCGUUAUACGACCGUCGAGGGCAUCGCCAGUACGAUCAUCGAUGACCUGAAACGGCACAACCCUUUCGUGUUCGGCGAUUCGGCUAAAGAAGACGUCAGGCAACGGAUGAGCGAUUUGGCGGCGAAGUUGGAGUCACUGGUGGGCCGGACGCUAGUGUUAAACGAUCCGUGCGGUAAUAGCUAUGUGUCCGGCGAUGGUCUCGACGUCGAACGGUAUGAGCGCUCAUACGAUCAGAACGAAGAGUUGGGCUUAAAUGACAUCAAGACUGAGAACUAUAGCUGAAAGUUGUGCCCAUUU